CUUCAAACCAACCACUACCCUCACCACACGUUCUCUUCCAAAACCAAACAACAACACCAACAAACAAGAUGCAUCUCUCCUCCCUCCUCGCAGCAUCCCUCCUCUCAGCAACAGCACUCGCCCGCAACCCCUUCGUAGACUACUUCUGCGACCUCGCCGCAGACAACACCAAAUUCAUCCAGCAGCCAUACUGCUGCUCCGAUCUGGUGCCGGCGCGACACAACGACAAGGGAAUGAUGGGUGAUAAAUGCGAGCAACUCAGUGAUGAGCAUGUUAUUGUUAAGUGUAAGGAUGGGACGAAGCCUGUGUGCUGUUAUACUGUUGGCCCGAAGUUCAUUUGCACUACUGUCGCCAAGCUGGAGACGGCGGCUGAUGAAUGAAAUCUCUCUGUGCUUGGAAUGACACGAUGCUUUUUUACUGAUCAUGCAACUCCCGGCUGGAAGAAGCGGCGGGUGGUGAGUGGUUGAUGUAUUAUGGCUUGUCUGCUGUUAUGUG